AUGGCGGAGUGGCCCCUACCAAGAUACAUCAAGGAAUUUAGGGGUUUUCUAGGCCUCACGCGGUAUUACCGCAGGUUCGUGGCUAAUUAUGGGUCAAUAGCAGGCCCAUUAACAAGAUUGACAAAAAAUCAUGGAUUUGACUGGACGGAAGAAGCUACAAGGGCUUUCGAGGCCUUAAAGAAGGCCAUGACGACGCUUCCGAUUUUAACUCUACCAGACUUUAAUCUUCCCUUUGAUAUUGAAACGGAUGCCUCUGGGAUGGGGCUCAAAGCGGUGUUGUCACAGAAUGGCAGCCCAUCGUGUAUUUCAGUCAGAUACUUACAGCAUUAG